AUAACGCAGCUCUGGGUGGUGGUGAAGAUGGCGGAUGGGGAUAGUGGCAGUGAACGCGGUGGAAGCGGCGGCGGCGGCGGCGGCGGUUUUCAGCAUUUCCAGAGGGAUCAAGAGACCCAGGAGCUGGCGUCCAAGCGCCUCGACAUCCAAAACAAACGCUUCUACCUGGACGUGAAGCAAAACUCGAAGGGCAGGUUCAUCAAGAUCGCAGAGGUCGGCGCUGGGGGCUCCAAAAGUCGGUUGACACUUUCCAUGUCAGUGGCUGCGGAGUUUCGGGACUACCUGGGGGAUUUUAUUGAGCACUACGCCCAGCUCGGGCCAAGCACCCCGGAGCAGAUCGCUCAGUCCUCGAGUGGCGAGGACGGCGGGCCUAGACGGGCCUUGAAGAGCGAGUUUCUAGUGAGGGAAAACCGCAAAUACUACCUCGAUUUGAAGGAGAACCAGCGGGGGAGGUUCCUCCGGAUCCGUCAAACCGUCAACCGUGGGCCUGGUGGUUUUGGGGGAGGAGGAGGAGGUGUGCCCGGGGGUGGCAUGCAAUCCGGGCAAACCAUUGCCCUUCCUGCUCAGGGUCUCAUCGAGUUCCGCGACGCCUUGGCCAAGCUUAUCGAUGACUACGGCGGGGACGACGAGGAACUGGCCGGGGGUGGCUGCGCCGGGGGUUACGGGGAGCUACCCGAGGGCACGUCGAUCACGGUGGACUCUAAGCGGUUCUUCUUCGACGUGGGCUCCAACAAGUACGGGGUGUUUAUGCGGGUGAGCGAGGUGAAACCCAGUUACAGAAACUCUAUCACGAUUCCCUUCAAAGCUUGGAGCAAAUUCGGGGGAGCUUUCUCCCGCUACGCCGAGGAGAUGAAGGAGAUCCAGGAGCGGCAUCGAGAUAAAGCUUAUGAGCGGAGAGGAGGCGAGGAGUCGGAGGGGGAAGACUUGGAUGACGACUGAACCGGCGGUCCGGAGUUCCCACUGCGCAGGAACCGUGCAAGAGAGAGGAACGAAUUCACAUGCAUGAAACGAACCUUAAUGCCCAAUCUAUGGCGAAUAAAGAUGUUUGACUGAGAAACACUGUCAUGUAUAUGUAAGAGAAACCUGUUUAAAAAGCAGUAUAGAUGAUGUUUGGCUAAAUAUAUGGAUGUUAUAGCUGGCUGCUCUAGGUCUAGACUAUUUGGAAGUUCUUCCCCUUACAAAUGUCUUGCAUAAAAGAAAAGAAAAAGAAAAUAUUUUACCCAUUUAUCUCAAAGAAUGUUCACAAAUGAUUCAACCAGGAAAUUUAGUGUUAGUGUAUCAAGCUACUAUGAUAUCUAUAAGUGUUUUUUGGUGUUGUACCAUUAUGGAGGGCAAACCAGCAUCCGAAUGACAUGCUGGGGAGUGUUCUCAGAAAAUGUGUGUAUAUGCACACAUAUAUAUAUAUAUAUAUAUAUGUAUAUGUAUAUGACUCAGAUCAAACUUUAUAAAUGGUUUAACUUCUGUACACAGAAUACAGUUCAAGCAAAAAAUGUAAAUCCUAAACAUAGUUGAAAUGGUGCUAUGAAACAGUGCUCCACCACCCUGCCGAGUAUUGAGGUUGGGGUGAAUUUUACUUUAUUUUUCACCUGUUUCUUAUCAGGAUAGAGCAAAUCACUCUGAUUGGAUGUAGGGAUGAAUGUAUGUACUAAAUUUCAAUAGAAUGUGUGCAUCGAAAUUGGGAAGUACACAAAUGCUCCUCCGUUUCUAAAUGUAUAAUUGAGAUUGAUUAGGCUCUUUAAAAGGGAAUAAUACCAGAUCAUAGACGUUUUGUUGAAUGUUAUGUCCACGUUAGACUGGUAGGUUAAUAUCAGUCCAUAUGACUUUCAAAUUAGGAGUUUUUGAAUUGAAAAUGUGGAGUGCUUUGACUUAACUGGAAAGGAAAUCAAAUGUAGAACAAUACCCAACCGGGUUUAAAUAGAUGUAUUUUUUAAAAACCAUAUACAGAACUAUAUAUACAGAAAUAUAUUUAUAUAUAGGCAUAAAAAAAUUAUAAAUGCUUCCUAAACAGGCUAUUUAAACAAACUCGGAUGCAAUUAUACAGGGGAAUAUUUCUUACUAGUUUUAAUACCUUUCCUACAAACCCAAUGGUUGGAAGAGCAUAGGAAAAAUAACAAAAUUAUGAAGUAGAAUAUACAAUCUGGACUUGACAAGAACUCAGUUUAGUUUGUAUUUCUUUUAUCUCCAAUAUUUCUGUUACAUUUAGGUGUUAUAUUUUUUCUGACCUCCAAGAAGUCUGCAUUCUGUCUACUCUUUUUCUAGAUCUCUCAAAUUGUGCGUGCCUGAUGAAAUUUUCAACCUCCCUCUGUUAUUUUGUUCUUAUUGCUGUGAGUUUGUGUUAUACAUUUUUAAAUCGAAAAGAGAAAAAGGAGUGAUAUUCCAUAAUUUGCAAAUAGGGGCAUUUGGCAUAAUCCUGGUAAAAUGUUUGUCAUUUAUUAACAUUAAAGCCUUUUCUGGCCUUUUAUAUUUAGAUUUUCAGGCCUUCUUAGUUACAAGAAUUAGCCAUACACGCCACCUGGGAGCCAUAGCGAUGUUUUUUUUUUUUUUUACUAAUUUUAAAUUAAUAUCCAUAUGAGUUUUGACCUCAUUCUUGUCUGUACUGUGUAAUGUGUUAAAGGCAGCUGUUCAGUCAAGUGUGUUCUGCUGUAAUUCUCCACAAAUUCCUUUGAAAAAAUAAAUAUAAUUUCUUUGCUGAGAACAUGCGUGUUUGCAUUUAAGAUGGUUUGAAACGUGUUUUGCAUAUUCACUGAAAAAAAAAUUACCAAUAAGAUUUACUUAUAUCUGCA